GUAUUUUAGACAUUGAGGAAUGUGCGGCAGAAAUGGACAACUGUAACCUGGAUGCAAACUGCACCAACACCAAAGGAUCAUUCUACUGCACGUGCCAUACGGGAUACUCAGGAGAUGGAGUCACGUGUGAUGGUACUGUAACGUUUUACAUCGAUGAGUGUUUUCCUGACCUGAUAUCUUAUGAAUACCUUCAUCUUGCUCACAACUGUCACCUAAAUGCCAACUGUUCCAACACCAAAGGAUCAUUCUACUGCACGUGUCAUACGGGAUACUCUGGAGAUGGAGUCACAUGUGUUGAUGUCGAUGAGUGUUUCCCUAACCAGAUAUCUGAUGAAUAUCUUCAUUUUGCUCACAACUGUCAUGCUGAUGCCAACUGUUCCAACACUAAUGGAUCAUUCUACUGCACGUGUCAUACGGGAUACUCAGGAGAUGGAGUCGUGUGUUUGGACAUCAACGAUUGUAACCCAUCUGGAUUGUCAUCGGAGUAUCAACACUUGGCUCACAUUUGUCAUGAUGAUGCUAACUGUACAAACACAAAAGGAUCUUACCACUGCGCAUGCCUGGACGGAUACUCUGGCUUAGGAGAAUAUUGCACAGAUAUCGACGAGUGUACAUCUGGCACACACAACUGUCAUGUUGACGCCAACUGCACCAACACCAAAGGAUCAUUCUACUGCACGUGUCAUACGGGAUACUCUGGAGAUGGAGUGCUUUGCGAAGAUAUCAGCGAAUGUCAAACUGAAGCCCUCGCACCUCAUCACAGCAAUUAUGCUCAUAAUUGUCACGACGAUGCUAACUGUACCAACACCAAGGGAUCAUUUUACUGCACGUGUCACCAUGGUUACUCAGGAGAUGGUGUGAUUUGUGCCGACGUGAACGAAUGCUUUCCUGGUCAGAUAUCUGAUGAAUAUCUUCAUCUUGCUCACAACUGCCAUGUUGAUGCCAACUGUACCAACACUAAAGGAUCAUUCUACUGCACGUGUCUUAAUGGUUAUUCUGGUAAUGGAGUGGCUUGUGUAGAUAUCGAGGAAUGCGAAAAAGAAAUAGAUAAUUGUCACGUGGAUGCAAACUGUACCAACACCAGAGGAUCAUUCUCCUGCACGUGUCAUACGGGAUACUCUGGAGAUGGAGUCAUGUGUGAUGACAUUGAGGAGUGUUUUCCUGGUCAGAUAUCUGAUGAAUAUCUUCAACUUGCUCAUGAUUGCCAUGCUGAUGCCAACUGCACCAACACCAAAGGAUCAUUCUACUGCACGUGUCAUACGGGAUACUCUGGGGAUGGAAAUACGUGUGUUGAUGUGGAUGAAUGUUUUCCUGAUCGGAUAUCUGAUGAAUAUCUUCAUCUUGCUCACAACUGUCACGUGGAUGCCAACUGUACCAACACUGAAGGAUCAUUCCAUUGCACGUGUCAUACGGGAUACUCUGGAGAUGGUGUCGUGUGUCUAGACAUCAACGAAUGUGACCCAUCUGGAUUAUCAUCUGAGUAUCAACACUUGGCUCACAUUUGUCAUGAUGAUGCUAACUGUACAAACACAAAAGGAUCUUACCACUGCGCAUGCCUGAAGGGAUACUCUGGUUCAGGGGAACACUGUACAGAAGAUGGUAAUACAAUUCUUGAGAGUAUCUACAGGUACGGUCGUCAAAAUGAUUUUGAUAUUUUGUCUUCACUAGACAUCGAUGAAUGUGCUUCUGGAACCCAUAAUUGUCAUUCUGAUGCCAACUGUACCAACACCAAAGGGUCAUUCUACUGUACCUGUCAUACGGGAUACUCUGGAGACGGAGUCACUUGUAAUGGUAAGCUGUUCCCACCGUUUAAAGGAGUUUAUGUUUGA